UCAUGCUGCUGCAAGUCCAGAGUUCUGUUCAUUGGGUCCCUGUACGGCCUUCCCAUUGCUGCUGUCUCAUCGCCACACUUGCCAUGGCCACUUUAAGGUCUCCUCAAACACUGCUCGGUGGUGUGAAUUUUUUGACAUCGGGUGCUGGCAGAUUACGGCCUAGCCUCCUAUAGCUGCUGCCAGGCCCCAUAAUCUGCCAUGGGCCCCGAUAUACCGCCUCUCAUGCUGCUGCAGGUCCAGAGUCUGUCAUGGGUCCCUGUACGGCCUCCCAUUGCUGCUGUCUCCAUCGCCACCCUCUGCCAUGUGCCACUUUCAUGUUCUCUUCACACUGCUGGGAUGUGUUGAAUUUUUUUGAC